GGGCAUUUGAAAUCCCAAAGGAGCACACAUUCUCCCCCCUCCGAACUUUCCUAGCUUCUUCCCAAAAUGCCCCUCCGCCCUCCCCUCUCCAACGGUGGCUGCACGCGGCUAAAGAUGGGUUUCAUGUAGCCCUACAGCUAUUUUUCAAGAUGGGUCUUUUGAAAGAUAAGAAGUUGAUGGUAAAGUUUUCAUCUUUUUGUUCUCUGAGAAAAUUUGAGAGAGGAUCAAGCUUUUCUGUGAAGAUUCCAAGUAUAUUGAGGAGGCUUGCGUAGAGAUUGAGAGAGUAAAGGGGGAGGAUGCCUUCGGUGGAAGAAAAGUUUUGAUACCUUUAUUUAUCAACUAAGAGAAUAAAGAGGCAGCUAAAGUUCCUUAAUUAUUUUUUUUAGCCGUUUGAGAUUGGAAGUUCUCAAACUUCGGUGUUUAUUUGGAGUAUGGCUCAAAUUUUCAGUGGCUAAAAGCAAGGCUUGGUACUAGAGAUCACUAUGAAGAACAUCAUGGCUAGGAAAUCACAUGAACGGCCUGCACGGCCAAAGAACAAGGCGGGAUGUAUGUCAGGAUUAAUUAACAUGUUCGAUUUUCGCCAAGUCCGUUCUACUCAAAAGUUGCUCACCGAUAGAAAACAUGGGAAUAGUGGAAUUGGAGAAACUGUACAUACAAGGAACAAACUCGAGGUGCUGAGCAAGUUGGAUGAAAGGAAUGAGGAUGUCACUGAUACUGGUGGUAAGAACAUAAGAAGAGAUAACACUGGCAAGUGUAGUACCAAGAGGUUGAUGGCAGAAGAGAUGUCCCAAGCUCUCAUUUCAGAGAAGAUACUCAGUUCUACAAUUGAAGAGCUGAGACUUAAGUUUGGCUGUGAGGAUGAUCACAAGACAAAUCAGAAGAGAAGACAAAAUCAAAACUAUGAGGUAGAUCAUGAUGUCAACGAUUCAAGAGAUUCUCAGUCUACUUGGUCAGAUCCAUCUGAAAGCUCCUUUUUUGAUGUGAAUCUAGCAGAAUUAAUGGUAGAAUUCUGCAGAGAGAAGUAUGAUGAUACCCUGCUUACUCGAAAGCACAAAUUCCUUCAGAAUUCUAUUGGCUCGAAACAAAUUACAGAAGAGUUCGUCGACACGCUAGAGACACUGAAUUCAAACAAGGACAAAUUCCUAAAGCUCGUUCAAGAUCCAAAUUCAAUUCUCCUCAAGCACAUGAUCGAUCUUCAGAUUGCACACAAUCAUGAAACUUUACAUGGAGUUAAAUCUGAGGAUCCGGGAAAUUCUCAGCUUUCUCACAAGCAAAAUAAACACAAGUUUUUCAGGAAAAAGGAGAAAUCAAAUGGAGCAAAGCCAUUAAAGAGUAUAGUAAUUUUGAAGCCAAGUCCAGGAAGAUAUGAACAUUAUUCAAACACAAAUAGUAUGAUCCCUUCACCAAUAUCACUUCAUAAUUUUCCGCAUCAAGAAGACAAUCUGAGAGUCUCAUCACACUUCUCUCUGAAAGAAAUCAAGAGGAGGUUGAGAAAUAUGAUCGGUACUAGCAAAAAGGAGAGAAAUUUGAUCGCCAUGGAUAGUAUUCUACAUAAAAUUCCAUAUGGGUCCCAGAUUUCUAAUGACCUGACUUCAAAACCUUCUACAUUUCUCAAUAUAGGAGAGAAGAAUGCCAGGGAAAAGGUGGACAAGGAGGCUAAGAAACGCCUUGCAAUGAUGCUUAGUUCUAAUGAUAAAAAUGGAGUUUCAUCUCCAAGGCAGGUCACAAAAUCUUUGGGUAAAAUACUCUCUUUACCGGCAUACAACUUAUUGUCUACUAGAUUCAGACCUUCAAGGGACAAAGAGGUCAAUUCACCAUCUCAGAUGAGGUCGUCGUCGUUGCAAAAGAUUGAGCAAGGUCAUUCCACCUACAGCGAGUCGUCAAGUAGGAGUAUGGAAAGUUUGCCAAACAGUGAUAAUUCAAGGCCAAUUCUCUCUGAAGCACAAAUGCACAUUGAAGAAGACUUAAUCCAAAAGGGAAGCACUGAAAUCGAAGAGUGUGAAAGUUUAGAUAUAGCGGUUGAGUUCAAUAUAGAUGAACCUGUUCAGAGUUGUGAAGUACGCAACAAAGAAUAUUCGGGGCCAUUUGAAGAAGCAGCACCUCCAUAUCCUUUUGUUCCGGUCUCGCCUAACUCUGCAGAAAAGACUGAAGCUCCUGAAAGCACAACAGAAAACCUAGCUCGUCCUAGUCCAGUAUCUGUUCUUGAAGUGUUCUUUGAUGAGGAUAUCAAUAUACCUCAAGGGACAGGAAUUGACUAUACUGAGUUGCUAGCAGAACCUCGGAGGCUUUCUUUCGAAGAAACUGAAGAUUCUCAUCUAAUUCUAACCUCAAAAGUAGCUGCAGAGGCUAAGGAAACAAAGUUGAAGUAUGUAAGAAGUGUAUUAGAAGCCUCAGGCUUAAACAACCACAAGCUACCAGAGAGAUGGAAAUCAACAGAUCAGUUACUGGAUCCAUUUGUACUCGAUGAAGUAGAAAUCUUAUAUAAUCAACUGAUCGAUGACUCUAAGCUCCUCUUCGAUUGCAUUAACGAAGUUCUUCUACAAAUAUGCGACAUAUAUUUUAGUUGUACUCCUUGGAUAUAUUCUAUCAAGCCUCAGAUAUUAUCGGUCCCAACAGGAGAAAAUUUUGUGAAGGAAGUGUGCAAAAGAGUUGAUCAAUGUCUACAGAUAGUGCAUCCUUAUACAUUGGAGCGAGUAGUAUGGAGAAACUUUGAAGGGGAAGCUUGGAUGAAUGUUAGGCUUGAGACUGAACGUGCUGUAUUUGAGAUCGAAGAUGUGAUUUUGGAUUAUAUAAUGGAAGAAACUCUACUUGAGCUAUGGGAUUGAGUAAAUACAACAUAAAGAUCUCCUAGAUCCAUUUCUUUGUUC